AAACAUUCCUGAUCCUGAUGGUUUGGUUCAAUUCAGGAAAUGCUGAAGGAUGAGGUGAGGACGCUCACCUACAGGAACUCCAUGUAUCACAACAAGCACAUCUUCAAGGACAAAGUGGUUCUGGAUGUGGGGAGUGGGACGGGGAUCCUGUCCAUGUUCGCCGCCAAGGCCGGAGCGAAGCACGUCUAUGGGAUUGAAUGUUCCAGUAUAUCAGAGUACUCAGAGCGGAUCAUCAAGUCCAACCACCUGGACAGCGUUAUCACCAUAUUCAAAGGAAAGGUGGAGGAGGUGGAGCUUCCUGUGGAGAAGGUCGACAUCAUCAUAUCUGAGUGGAUGGGCUACAGUCUGUUCUACGAAUCCAUGCUCAACACCGUCAUCUUCGCAAGGGACAAGUGGCUGAAGGCUGGUGGACUGAUGUUUCCGGACCGAGCCUCCCUCUACGUGUUGGCCAUCGAAGACAGGCAGUACAAAGACUUCAAAAUACACUGGUGGGAGAACGUGUACGGCUUUGACAUGACCUGCAUCCGAAACGUGGCCAUGAAGGAGCCGCUGGUGGACGUGGUGGACCCCAAGCAGGUGGUGACCAACUCCUGCCUGGUCAAGGAAGUAGACAUCUACACAGUGAAACCUGACGACCUCUCAUUCACCUCGGCCUUCUGCUUACAAAUCCAGAGGAACGACUACAUCCACGCUCUGGUCACCUACUUUAACAUCGAGUUCACCAAGUGUCACAAGAAGACUGGGUUCUCCACAGCUCCAGAUGCUGCGUACACACACUGGAAGCAAACCGUUUUCUACCUGGAGGAUUAUCUAACCGUGAGGAGAGGAGAAGAAAUCACUGGCAGCAUCACAAUGAAGCCCAAUGAGAAAAACAUACGUGACUUGGACUUCACUUUUGAACUGGAUUUCAAAGGGCAGCUGUGUGAGGCAGCAAUCUCCCAUGACUACAAGAUGCGUUAGAUUGGACAGCGGCGUCCUGCAGACAGCAACAUGGAGGACCAAGACGCAGAUUCCUGAGGACAGACGGACGCACAGCGGGACGGGACAGGCAUCAUCAUGGCCUGUGAUGAAGAUGAUAAAAGUGAGACUUUGAUAUGUAAGGAGAGCAGGAAAUCAUUUUGCAGACUGUUAAAAUUAUUCUGAAUGUAAAACAAACAGGUCAGUUUCUAGCACUGACGAAUGUUACUGAUAAUAAUUGUGUUCAUGUGAGAUGGAGUGCUGUUCCUGUAGAAUGUGGUCUGUAUUUGCUCACUACAAAACAGCGCGUAUAAAAAGUAUUCACAUCCUGGAUGUUUUGCUCUUCUUGUACAAAACAAUCAUGAGCAACAAAAUUAGGCUCUUUUGACAAAAAAACUUUAUUGUUACUGUGAAAAAUUAUUUCUACAGUAAUGACAAAAACAUAACAUCAGUGUUGUGCACUGCUAACAAAAAAUGAGCUGCUAACCCUAAAGCACUAACUAGUUCUGCUAACGCUAAGCACUACACCACCACAGUGUUUAGCAGAAGCUAAUGAAUGCUGAAGUACUGAAUUCAGUUAAAUUGUUGAAACUCAUUCCCCUAGAUAUUAUAUUUAGAGCUUGUUUUGUUUUGCUGUAUCUUAUUUUGUUCCUGUAUGUUUUUUAUUUUAAAUAAAGCUACGGAAGAAGAAAAAAGAAGAGCCGAACAUGAAGAGGAAACGGAACAGCUGCGUAAACACACGUCACCCCCUUCAAAAUAAAGGGGGUGUUGUGGGUUUGAUAACCAAAGCCACAACACAAAUUUCAAACUUUAUUUAACCGAAAGUAUAUAAAAACCUUAGACUUUAUCUGGAAACAAUAAGCUGGGGAAGUUAAGUGCACUAAAUGAUUUCAAAGUUAGCAAAAACAUGUUUUUAGAUUAGCAUAAGUUUUCCCUCUAAAUAGUUUUCAAUUUGACAUCAAAGAGUUUCUUUUUGUCAAAAAAAACAAGAAAACAUUUUGAUGAUCAGAAUUAAUUUUUAAAAGCAAUAAGAAGAGUAAAACAUCCAAAGGGAUGAAUCCUUUUCCAGGCACUGUAGUUUGACUCUUUCCUCCAUAUGCUGUUUUGGGUUUACAGUGAACUACAUCAUUAAAUUUAGGUACGACUGUCAUGUUAUGCGCUGUAACGACUGACUGAAUUGAAACUGUUUACAUUUGUGAAAGUUUAGCAGUAGUGGGUAACACAUCAGUAAGUGAAAAGUGCAGCCAAGGAUGAGCAAGCACAGAAAAUGUGGUUGUUCUAUUUCCUGUUCCUGUCUUUAUGAGUGAGCAGCUUGUGGUGACCAAACCCACCUCGUGCCACAUAUAGAACUUUGUUUGUGGGUUUUAGUUUGAGCUGUGAAGUUGUCCAAUUUCUGACAUCAUUUCUCGAUCACACAGUGGGGGACAAGUAUUGAAUGCAUGUUUUUCCUCAUUAAACAUGCAUUGAAUG